AUGGACAGUGGAGUGCCUUCACGGAUUCCACUGUAUGAGUGGAACAGUGAUGAGCACAGCAGGCAGCUUCAUAUGGUCCACCCUGCACCAUCAAAGCUCCAGAAACUCCCUCACGUAUUUGCCAAAGUCCUUCAACUCCCUUUUCACUCCGAGGCCGACGUUUCUGUUCAAGAAACCUCAGAGUCUUUCCUCUUCACGGCUACCACCGAUGAUAUGAGCCUGCAGAAUGUUCGGGCUCAUGUGAUUGAGAUAUAUCCUGGGGUGAUGAAGGUGGUGAUAACAGAAAUGGAGGGCCGUGGUGAUGAUUUUUUGUUAGAUAAAUACGAGCUUGAUUUGUGGCGGUUUCGGCUUCCAGCUUGCACCCGGCCAGAGAUGGCAACGGCAAAAUGUUUUGCCAGGGAGUUGGUUAUUACGGUGCCAAAAAGUAAACGAUUGUGA